UCUCGAUUCGUUAAACCAAUUGGCCACCCCUAGGCGUUGAGAGCUAAUUUUCGCAUCAAAAUAAAAUAAAUAAAAACGCCAAGUCCUGCUACAUUUGCUGGACUUGAGCAAUUUGGGCAGCUUACAAGUAGUGCUCGAGCAUGGAUCUAGAACAACCCAUCGAUAUUGCGCGUCUGGAGGAGGCUGUAUUGGUCUUUUACCGUUCAACAUCGCAGGAGCAGGCAAUUACACACGAAUGGCUGACGAAGGCCGAGGCCAGCCCCCAGGCUUGGCAAUUUUCCUGGCAGCUGAUGCAGCUGGGCAAGAGUCAAGAGGUGCAAUUUUUUGGCGCAAUUACAUUGCACUCCAAGUUGAUGAAGCAUUGGAACGAAGUUCCACCCGAAAGUCGAGAGGAGCUGAAACAAAAGAUAUUGGAAACAAUUGUGCAAUUUGCGGCAGGACCAAAACUGGUCCUCAAUCGACUCUGUCUAGCGUUGAGUGCCUAUAUUGUGCACAUGCUGGAGGAUUGGCCCUGUGCCAUUGAGGAGGUCAUCGACACAUUUCAGCGACAACGCAUUCCGAAUGUCACCGUGGAUGUGCAGCUAUGGAUUAUGCUGGAGGUGCUAUUGGGCAUACCCGAAGAGGCGCAAAUCAUUCAUACCUCCGUCAAGCGCGUCACAUUGCGGGCAGAAAUGGGCAAGCGUGUGCCGCUCGUGCUGCAGACGGUGGAGACGUAUUUGAAGCGGCAAAUGAACACCGAAUGGGAUGCCGAAGGACAUGGCAAUAUGUUGCGUGCAAUCAAGUGUGUUACCGUCUGGAUUAGGAACAUUGGCUACUCCAUUGAAGAAUGCGUCAGCAUUUGCGCGGUGCUUUUGGAGCUGGUGAACAAGUGUUAUUGGCCCUGCAUUCGUUCUGGAGUUGGUUGCAUGUCCGCCGACGAGAACGAGCUGGCCGAGACCUGCCUAAAGGCAAUGGUCAGCAUCAUUGUGCAACCAGAUUGUUACAACUAUCCCAAGACAGCGGCAGUGCUCAUUAAGAUGUUUUUGGACUCACUGUGCGAAAUCACAAAGGUGGAAUGGAAACGGGACAAUGAUAAUGAGGACAUUAUUGUGCAUAUCUACAUGUUGUUUGUCUCCGCUGUGGAACGUCACUCCGGGCUGUUUCUUAGUGGUAUUACGGCCCUAGAUCCAAUGUUAAAUGCCAUUUUUACUCGCAUGGUACACGAGAUACUGCAGUGUACAGAUAAGCCGGGUAUUUAUCCUGUCGAGGAAUCAUGCAGCACCAUGGCCUUGGCCUUUUGGUAUAUGUUGCAGGGCGAUGUCUUUGCCAUGCCCAUCGAGGAGGAGAAGCUCAAGUGCUGGGAGCACAUAAAACCACUCUAUGCUCAUUUAACCACCAUUCUAGUACGCAAAUCCGAGCAGCCAGAUGAGAACUCCAUUGACAAGUGGAACUCUGAUGAUCUGGAAUGCUUUCGAUGCUAUCGUCAAGACAUUUCCGAUACUUUUAUGUAUUGCUAUGAUGUGUUACAUGAUUAUAUUUUGGAGAUACUGGCCGCCAUGUUGGACGAGGCAAUUGGCGAUUUACAAACGCAUCCCACCCACUGGACUAAACUGGAGGCAUGUAUCUACUCGUUUCAGUCGGUUGCCGAACACUUUGGCGGCGAAGAGAAUCGACAAAUACCGAAACUAAUGCGCGUGCUCUCCGAAAUACCCUAUGAGAAGCUAAAUGACAAGUUGCUUGGGACUGCGCUGGAGACUAUUGGCUCCUAUUGCACUUGGUUAAUGGAGAAUCCAACUUUUAUACCGCCAGCUAUAGAUCUGCUGGUGCGUGGUCUCAACUCGACAAUGUCGGCACAGGCAACGCUGGGCCUAAAGGAGCUAUGUCGCGAUUGCCAAUUGCAGUUAAAGCCGUAUGCGGAGCCGCUCCUCGACGCUUGCCAAGCUACACUCAGCACAGGUCGCAUGAAGAACUCGGACUCUGUGCGUCUCAUGUUCAGUAUUGGCAAACUGAUGAGUUUGUUGCCACCGGAGCAGAUUCCCAAAUACCUGGAUAUUAUUGUCAGUCCCUGUUUCGAGGAAUUGCAAACCAUUUGCCAAGCAGGCGCAAAGACACCAGCGGCACGAAUACGCACAAUUUUCAGGCUCAAUAUGAUCUCGACUCUUUUUUCGUCGCUUAACACGGAUCUUGACGAUGAUUUCAAGGAUGUGCAUACUGUGCAACCCGUUCUAUUGGUUAUGCAGAAAACUAUGCCCAUUUUUCGUCAGAUUGCUGAGCUGUGGGUGGAGGAGAUCGACGUCCUAGAGGCCGCUUGCAACGCAUUGAAGCAUGCAAUUGUGAACUUGAGAAGCAGCUUUCGACCCAUGCUGCAGGAUUUGUGCUAUUUUAUUGUGGCCAGCUUUCAGACCCGUUGCUGUGCACCCACCUUGGAGAUUUCUAAGACGGUCAUUAUCAUAUUCUACAAGGAGGAGAGCUGCAAGCCAUUGAUGCAACAGCUGCUCUCGGAGUUCGUGGUGUACAGCUUUAAGCUGUUUGAAGCGGUACCACAGCAGAACUUUUCUAAUAUAUCAGACACCAUGGAAAUGUUCUUUGGCUGUCUCACACAAAUUAUUAAAAAGGUGCCCCAAGUGCUGGAGGAUAAAUCGUUAGCAUACGAUCGUCUCAUCUAUUAUGCACAGCAUUCGAUGACGCUACCAGAGAAUGGUCCCAUACGCGCCGGCAUACAGUUUGUGACUCACUUUGUGAUGCAAUCACGCAACCAUCUCCAUAUGGCAGAGGUAGUCAUGGCUAAUGGCGAGCAGAUCAUGCACACGGCCAUGGUUUGUGUUGGCUAUAUGACACCGCGACAACAAGUUGAAAAGUUUGCCGAUUUAUUUCUGGCCAUUAACAAAAAGUAUCCGGCUGAAAUGGUCGUUUGGCUUAAGAAUGUUAUGUCAGUACCCAAUUUUCCCACUGAGCUGAUCAGUGAUGCGGAAAAGGCUCGUUACGUCUCCCUGAUCAUCAAAGUAAAGGUCAACAAGCGAUUGCUGCAACAACACCUCAAUGAGCUGGCCAUUAAGACACGCGGACUUGUACCGCUCCAGGUUCCAGUGAAUUAAGCAGAGGGAUCCUAAGCUCAAUGGCCAAAUCUCUAAUGAAUUAACGUCCUCUUUUCGUAAUUAGUUGCUAAUGAAUGUAAUUAAGCCGCUCUGUAAAUGUUCCUUGCUAUUAAGUUUUUUUUUCUUAUGAUGUCAAAUAUUUUAUGCUAAGAUCGGGCAGGACAAAUGAUACUUUUUACCUGUAUGGGAGUAGCUUUUAGCUUAUAGAAUGAUAUGAUGUGUUAAAAAGGCUGUUUCUUGACAUGAUUUAACUUUUAUUCAUAAUUUUACAAAAAUUACACACAUUUGUUUAUGUUUUAUA